GACUCGAUUCUCUUUCUCUCCCUCUCUCUCUCGUCCGCUUCGUCGUCGGGUCGUCGUGGUUCUGCAUCUUCUUCAAGCGAGGGGAAGAGGAGGGGAGCGAGGUGAAAAUGGGAGGGUGAGAAGACGAGGAGGAAGAGAGGAUGGACGUGGAGAGAGCGUCGCUCUGCAACUGCGUCGUGAACUUCCUUCUGGAGGAGAACUACCUGCUCUCCGCCUUCGAGCUCCUCCACGAGCUCCUCGACGACGGCCGCGAUGCCCAGGCCAUCCGCCUCAAGGAGUUUUUCUCGGACCCUUCCCUCUUCCCGCCGGACCAGAUCUCCCGGUUCAAUUCCCUCAGACUCGCAGAUCCUCAGAGUUUGCUGGAAGAAAAGAACAAGAUAGAAGAAAAGUUGGCGAUCAGGGAAUAUGAACUGAGAUUGGCGCAGGAAGACAUUUUGAAGUUAAAAGCAGAUUUAACAAAGCGUAGUGAAUCUCUUGGUGCUAAACCAGGAUCCGAUAUUGCAGCUUGGAGCAAUGGAACUGCAUCCAAGGAAAAGGAGUGCUCAUUUCUUGAUUUAGGCCCUUUGAAAGAUGGUGAAAGGAGAGAUCUCAAUUGUGCAAUAAAGGAAUAUUUGGUUUUUGCUGGAUACCGUCUUACAGCACUUACAUUUUAUGAAGAGGUUAAGGACCAAGAUCUUGAUGUCUGGCAAAACACACCUGCUUCUGUGAAUGAUGCUCUGCGCCGUUAUUAUUAUCAGUAUCUUUCAUCUUCCACUGAGGCUGCCGAGGAAAGAAUGUCUAUUCUUCGGGAAAAUGAGACACUACUGAAACUGAAGGAUGUGCUGUUAAAGGAAAAAGAAUCCUUGAUGAGAGCUAAGGAGCUGUCCGAUGGACAAAUAGUUGCAUUAAGCAAGUCAUUGGAGUCUUCUCAAAAGGAAACCAAAGACAGAGAAAAUCUGAUACAAGAAUUAAAAAAGUCAUUGGAGGCUGAGAGAAAAGAACUUAAUGAUUGCAGAGCCGAAAUCACUUCAUUGAAGAUGCAUAUAGAAGGAUUUCGAGCCAAUAGUGGGUGGAUUAGUGCAGACAAUGAGCGGCCAUCAACUAUUGAAGGCUACAAAGCAGAGAUUAAAUCAUUACAGAUGGAAAUUGAAAAGUUGAAAGAAAAUGCUACCGCUACCGGAAGCACUGGCGAUCUUGUUGACCCACAAAGUGUUGCUGAACAGUCAGAAAUGGAAGUGGUUGAAAUACAUGAAGAUAAAAUAGUAGUUUCUCAUGCUGCAAAUCUAGUAUCUGGAAAUUCAGAUGAAAAUGCUGCAUGUCCUAGCACGUUGGAUGUUAAGCAUGAAGAUCACAAGGAUCUGAGGCUAAGCAGUGAAGCACUAGGGUCCUCUUAUUCAAGUCUUAUCGAAUGUGCUGAUAAUGUAGACAGUUCCGAAACUACACUUGAAGAGAGGAACCAUCCUAUCAACAACAACACUCUUAAGGGAGAAAAGUGUCAUGAAAAGACGGGUUUGGAAACCAUACAGAUUCUUUCAGAUGCUUUGCCAAAGAUUGUUCCUUUUGUACUCAUAAAUCAUCGGGAGGAGCUUCUUCCACUUAUAAUGUGUGCUAUUGAACGCCAUCCAGAUAGCAGUACACGAGAUUCCUUAACACACACAUUGUUUAAUUUAAUCAAAAGGCCAGAUGAACAACAGAGAAGAAUUAUAAUGGAUGCCUGUGUCAAUCUGGCCAAGAAUGUUGGUGAGGUGAGAACUGAGUCAGAGUUGUUACCACAGUGCUGGGAACAGAUAAAUCACAUGUAUGAGGAGCGCAGGCUGCUUGUUGCCCAGUCAUGUGGAGAACUGGCUGAAUUUGUGAGACCUGAGAUCCGUGCUUCACUGAUUUUAUCAAUUAUACAACAGCUGGUUGAGGACUCUGCAACUAUUGUUCGAGAGGCUGCUGCUCAUAACUUGGCCUUGCUGAUUCCACUCUUUCCAGAUAUGGACAAAUAUUUCAAGGUGGAGGAGUUGAUGUUCCAACUAGUAUGUGAUCCUUCAGGACCUGUUGUUGAAACUUCGCUUAAAGAGCUAGUUCCUGCUGUCGUGAGAUGGGGAAACAAACUUGACCACAUUCUACGAAUUUUACUUUCUCAUAUGUUGGUCUCUGCUCAGCGCUGCCCACCACUAUCAGGGGUUGAAGGCUCUGUGGAUUCUCAUUUCCGAGUUCUGGGUGAACGUGAGCGCUGGAAUAUUGAUGUUUUGCUUCGGAUGUUAACAGAGUUGCUACCCUUUGUGCAUCAAAGAGCAGUAGCAUGCUGUCCAUUUCCGAAUCACAGCGACCCUGUUCCAAAUACUGGUGAAGGCAAAUCCUUUUUCUGCAGUUCUUUGCUUGAGCUGUAUGCAGGGCAAUAUAUUGAAUGGCCUGCAUUUGAUUGGCUACAUGUGGAUUGUUUUCCUGGAUUAAUCCAACUUUCUUGCUUACUACCUCCUAAAGAAGACAAAUUGAGGAACCGCCUUACCAAGUUCCUAUGGUCUGCCUGUGGCCUAUUUGGUGACCAUUACGUCAAUCACAUUAUGCUGCCUAUUUUCUUAUUAGCAGUAGGGGAUGUAGCUGAUUUUUCCCACUUUCCCUCAGUUCUACAUUCAAGAGUUAAAGGCUUGCAACCUAAAACUACUGUGACUGAGAAGCUCGCUCUUGGAUGUGCCCUUCCUCUUCUUUUGUCUGGUUUACUUGGUUCACCUGGUAGACAUGAACAGCUUGCGGAAUACCUGAGAAAGCUUUUGGUCCAGAAUGCAGAGCGGGAAAGUGCUAGUCCAGUUUAUUAUAGUCCUGAGCUCAUCAAUGCCGUCCGCUUCCUUUGUACAUUUGAAGAACAUCAAGGGAUCAUUUUCAAUAUACUGUGGGAAAUGGUAGUUAGUCCAAACGUCACAAUGAAGAUUGGUGCUGCAAACCAGUUGAAAGCGCUGGCACCAUGUGUUGAUGUGAAAACUGCCUCAGCUAAUGUUCUGCCCGCUCUUGUGACACUUGGCUCUGAUCCUAAUGUCAAUGUAAAAUACUCCAGUAUUGAAGCUUUUGGAUAUGUUGCUCAACAUUUCAAGAGUGACAUGAUUGUUGAUAAGAUACGAGUUCAGAUGGAUGCCUUUCUGGAAGAUGGAUCUCAUGAAGCUACUCUUUUUGUUUUCCGAGCUUUGGUGGUGGCAAUACCACACACGACUGAUAAACUAAGAAAUUAUGUUCUUUCCAAGAUUUUCCACCUUAGUUCUUUGCCUACUCCUGGAGUUGAUUUGAGACGACGCCGUGAAAGAGCUGAUGCUUUCUGUGAAUCAGUCCGUGCUUUGGAUGCAACAGAUCUUCCGGCAUCUACCGUGAAGGAUCUUCUUCUGCCAACGGUGCAGAACUUGUUAAAAGACACAGAUGCGCUUGACCCAGCACACAAAGAAGCUUUGGAGGUCAUACUGAGGGAGAGAUCAGGUGGAGCAUUUGAUGCCCUGAGUAAGGUCAUGGGUGCGCAUCUUGGCAUUGCCUCCUCAGUAAGCAGCUUGUUUGGCGACAGCGGGCGUUUGGGUAAGAAAGAAAGUGCAGACACACCAGAACAGGUUGCCCCACCGCAGCUUCCUGCUCCCGAGGACACAAGGUUCAGAAGAAUUAUGCGGGGCAGUUUCAGUGAGAUGAUCCGCGGUAAACCGAAGGCUCCCGAAGAAAGUUCUUGGAAACAGUAAGGUCUGAAACGUUCCACUCAUCAAUUCUCAUGGCUUUUCUGAUACUUUUUUUUUUCGCCCCUUUUGUAUUUGUUUGGCCUCAUUAGUUUCGAUGUGCAAGAGGCUUUGCAGCACAAACACCUGAUAAUUUUUUUGUAAUAAUAAACCUGAGUUGUAAUAUUGUUGUUUGUAAACCGUGUGUGUGUAGAUGUAUGCGUCGGGGCAUGCGCCCCUGCAUGUAAGGCUCUUUGAGGAGUCAUUUGUCAUCUCAUGAUCUUGUUUGUUUUGUA